UAACCCUUGAAGAAACAGCAAGUUUUAAUAAUUAAAAAAGAUGGGGAGGGGGUAUAUUACCUCAAAUAAGAUAUUUCACUUAACAGAUGUUUGAAUAUUCUACACAAGGAUAAAAAAAAAAAAAGAAUAACUGAACAGAGUCUCACAACUGUGAGGAAAAACUUGAUUUCAGUUAUUUGCAGUCAUUGUUUGAAAGGGUUCAGAUAUGCAGAAGAUGCUGGAAAAACAAUGAAAAUGGGACUAGGGGGAUUUUCCUAAAGAACAAUGGCCAGUGUAACUGCACAGGGUAAUCGAGGGUCUCAUGAACAAUCACGAAACAGACAACCACUGAUCACUCAGCUUACAGCAGUAUGAGGAAUCGGAGGGGUGUACACUUUUUAACUACUUCAUUGUUUAAAUUCUGUAAUUAUUUUGUCCUGUGGACUCAGUGUCUGUGUUGUGAGAUAGCAUAUUUUUGGUAGUAUUUAGUAAUUGAAUUUGUAUCAGAAAUGAUUAGAAACAUUUGGCAGGUUCUGCAAGGUGUAUAAACUUAAAAGCACAACUUUAACAACACCUUACAAAAAUAAUCACAAGUGAAGUCAGUUUUCUGAUUUUACUAAAUUUUCAAACAAAAGAUUGUUUCUUCAGGAGAACGGAUUUGGAUAAAUUUAGCUCACUCACUCUGCAGUGAAUGGGUGCCAUCAGAAUGAUGGUCUGAAUGAUAAAAACCAUAGUAAUCCACUCCAGUCCAUCAGCUAAUGUCUUUUAAAGAGAAAAGUUGCACGUUUAAAAGAAACAAAUUUCAUCAUUAAGGCAUUUUUAACUGUUUCUGGAUCAGAUCAGCAGAGGAUGUGUUCCAGUGGAUUAUUGUAAUGUUUUCAUCAGCUGUUUGGUAUCUCAAUCUGACGGCACCCAUUCCCAGAAGAGCUGUAAUGCUACAUUUCUCCAAAUCUGAUAGAGAAACAAACACAUCUACUUCAUGGAUGAGUACGUUUUCAGCACAUUUUCCUUUUGGGGUGACAUUCAUUGGAUCACUUGAUGCACUAAAUAGGUGACCACGUGCACAGAAUUACAUUUUUGAAAACUCAAGGCUAUAAAAGCGGACAUGAGAAAUGAAUUCAGGUUUAUUGAGCCACAUUUCUCCACAUGUAAUGACAAAAAUGUCGACCAAUGUUUACAUGAUAUAUAUACAUUUUGGUGCAAUGUGGCUUUGACAUAAAAACGUAAUGACGUUUCUGCCAUGUCUAUAAAAAAAUGAGUCAGUUGAAUCAUUUAUGAUAUGAAUUUGCUAGAUAGGUUUAUCUAAACAGAUUUACUUUGCAUUCAGGCUAUACAGUGUGUUUCCACUGAAAUCGAACCAUUUGUGGCGUUAGCACCAAGCUUUUUUGAAAAAAAGAAGAAAAAAUACUGUUAGUCUAGUCAGUCAGGAUAUGGAUAUGUGUGAUGUUUGGCGCGUGCGCUCUCAAAGCCGUUAUCAAACAGCCAUGUUGAGUCUCUGAGACAGAAAUGACUCAAUAUUUCAUUGAAAUAAGGAUUAAUAUCUCCAUGACGUGCUGAAUAUUAGCGCUUCAACACGACUGCCAUCGAAAAGCCAUCCGGAGACGCUUCCAUCUUCUAUGGCCCCUCUCCUGUAGCCAGCACGUUCUGCAAAACUGUUCUCAUCUGAUUUUUAAUUGGCAGUACAGUAAACACAGAUCUGAACUGUGCAUCAUGCCAGGACCUGUGGCGAGUCGCGCCAAAGUCUACACUGAGGUCAACACACAACGGCCCAGAGAAUACUGGGAUUAUGAAUCACAUGUUAUUGAGUGGGGCAAUCAAGAUGAUUUCCAACUGGUCCGCAAGUUAGGAAGAGGAAAGUACAGUGAAGUGUUUGAAGCAAUCAACAUUACAAACAAUGAGAAAGUAGUGGUUAAAAUACUAAAGCCUGUGAAGAAGAAGAAGAUAAAGCGUGAAAUAAAGAUUCUCGAGAACCUUCGCGGAGGUCCGAAUAUCAUCACCCUCCUGGACAUCGUCAAAGACCCAGUGUCCAGAACACCUGCCUUGGUUUUUGAACAUGUGAACAACACAGACUUUAAGCAACUGUAUCAGACCCUGACAGACUUUGACAUUCGCUUCUACAUGUUUGAGAUCCUGAAGGCUUUGGAUUUCUGUCACAGUAUGGGAAUUAUGCACAGAGAUGUCAAGCCACACAACAUCAUGAUCGAUCAUGAGCACAGAAAGUUGCGUCUCAUUGACUGGGGACUGGCUGAAUUCUAUCACCCAGGACAGGAGUACAACAUCCGAGUCGCCUCUCGCUACUUUAAAGGACCAGAACUACUGAUAGAUUACCAGAUGUAUGACUACAGUCUCGAUAUGUGGAGUCUUGGUUGUAUGCUGGCCAGUAUGAUCUUUAGGAAGGAGCCAUUCUUCCACGGACAUGACAACUAUGACCAGCUGGUGAGAAUAGCUAAAGUUCUUGGAACAGAAGAUCUUUAUGAUUGCAUUGACAAAUACAACAUUGAGCUGGAGCCUCGGUUUAAUGACAUUCUGGGAAGACAUUCCCGUAAGCGAUGGGAGCGGUUCAUUCACAGUGAAAACCAACACUUGGUCAGUCCUGAAGCUCUUGACUUUCUGGACAAGUUGUUGCGUUACGACCAUCAGAGCAGACUGACCGCGAGAGAGGCCAUGGAGCACCCCUACUUCUACCCUGUUUUGAAAGAUCAGACUCGCAUCGCAGGAUCAACCUCUGUGCCAACAACUAUCACUGCAGUGAGCUCUGCCGCUAUGAUCACAGGAAUAGCUGCGCUUCCAGCCUCCACAGCUCUAGGGCCCCUGACGGGCUCCCCCAUUCUCAUGGCCCCCAGCAGCCUAAACACUCCAGUGCCUGCAGCCACGGGGGCCGCUCAGUGAUGCACCGUACCUGUCAGUCCUGUCACACCAAACCUGCUGAGGAUCUCUGGGACUGUUGUUAGAUCGAGCUCCUCAGCACCACCACCCUUCAGUUUACCUCGCAGUGCAGCAUGAGUUUAUCUGAAACUGCAUGCACUUCAUCAUGAGAUGUUCACUUUAAGCAGAAGUGUGCAGGAUGUGUUUGAGAGCUUAUUCACAGAAAGAGAAGAAGCCUGUGUGGUCUUACAUACAUUGUCCUGCCAUUAAACAGCUUAGCUUUACUUGAAAACAGAUGGACUGUUUCUUGGAGCAAGUGAAGCAUGCAGUAGCACAGUAUUUCUGUCAGCAGUCAAUAAGAAAAUCCUCUCUCAAGUGUGAAAUGAUACUGCCGUUAUACAGCUGUGGCCGUAGUUCGGAGUGUGUAUUGGUGCUGUUUACUGUAGCUCACAUCAGGUCACACCAAUCGCCUUGACUCAACACACAGCAGUGUUUUUAGCUCCUCUCACCGUUGACGUCCCGUGUAAAUGGCAAUGCUGUGGCAUAUUUGAUUUGUUUAUUUUUAUAAACACAGCAGUCUAUAACUUCUGUAUACCCAUAAUCCAGUAAUAAAGAACCAUUGCUCAUCCAA